CGCGAACUUCCACAGUGUGUAGUCUGUAGCAGACUUCCCUCUUCUCAUAUUUACUCACACCAGUGCAGUGAGAGCUACAAGGCAGAAAAGUAGGACAAUGCGCUCCCAGCGUCAGCAAGCCCCACCCCCUUCUACCAGAAUGAACCUGAGGAGUUACCGGAACUUGGGCCUGGUCCCCAUGGAGACCUCUUCCUCAGAGGACAGCUGUGACAGCUUUGCAUCUGAUGGUUUUGCAUCAAUGAAAAGACCUCUCAGGCAGACGAGAAGCUCAGCUCGGCAGGAAAAACUCUUAGAGACCCAGUCCGUGUCGGAGGAGGAAGGCUGCAGCGGUUUUGAGGAAAGCGACUGCAGUAAUGAGAUGAGCGCCAUGAAAAUGGAUUCAGACUCUGAUUCAGAACCCCCCAAGAAAACUCGCCGCUCCUUCACUCUUCGAGUGGCCAUGAAGUACCCCACCAAAAAUGUUCCACAGAAGAAAUCUCCAAGUCCUGAGCCUGCUCCUAAAGCCAAAGGCAGACAAUUAGAUGCUGAAGAGGAGGACUUCAUAGCAAAGAGAGCACUUAAUAUUAAAGAGAACAAAGCUAUGCUGGCUAAACUAAUGGCAGAGUUGAACAAAGUCCCUGGACUUUUCCCUAAGAAGACCUCUCUUCCUGCGAGUGAUACACCUCGCCGUGUUCCCCGUCGUUCUUUGGGAACCCCUGGAACUCGCAGGCAGAACCCAGAGCGUUUGUCACGGAUUCACACACGCUCCCGUUCACUGGUAGACGGCCCCCCGACUCCCACUCCAGAAGAAGAGCCUGAGGACAGGUUCAGCCUGGUGCGCAGGUGUGAUGACGAUGAUGAAGAACCGGAGCCACGUCGUCGGCGCACCUACAACGGCACCCUUACCAUCCCUCAUGUGGUAAGACCUGUGGAGGAGAUUACUCGGGCGGAGCUGGACAAUAUUUGCACUAAUGUCCGGGAGAAGGUCUACAAUCGUGCCACGGGCAGCACCUGUCACCAGUGUCGUCAAAAGACAACUGACACCAAGACCAAUUGUCGUAACCCUGAGUGCGUUGGAGUCCGAGGUCAGUUUUGUGGUCCCUGUCUGCGGAACCGUUAUGGAGAGGAAGUUCAUGAUGCACUUUUGAACCCGGAGUGGCAAUGUCCUCCAUGCAGAGGCAUUUGUAACUGCAGCUUCUGCAGGGCCAGAGAGGGGCGCUGUGCUACAGGUGUGCUUGUGUACCUGGCUAAAUACCAUGGCUUCGAUAAUGUCCAUGCUUACCUGAACAGCUUGAGGAAGGAGCUGGAGGAGAGUGAGUGAAAAUACUGAUCCUGCUGAUUUUAAUCCAUGUCUUGCAUUCAUUGUCUUGGUUCUGUUGGGAAGGUUUUUUUUGUUUUUUAUAAUUUUUUUUUUUUUUUUGAAGAAUUUGCUUUAGGACCUUUUUAUUCUCUUUAUGCAAAUUUGUGCCUUAUGACACUUGUUAAUGGACUGCCUGAGGUGUUCAUUUACAUUGUUUUAAAUGUAAUGUUGCUCAUCGUUGAUUGUAGUGACUUUUUUUUUUUGCCAUUUUAGUGAUUGUACUGUAAUUUCGCUUAUUUUAUCUUUUUAAGCUUGAACUUUUUAUUACUGGGGAACUGUAAAGUGUUGUUGAAAUUUCAGGCAUGGCUGCUUCUGACUUCUGAAAGGUAAAGCAGGCCAGUAGCUCCCUUAGGAGUAAAUCAUUUCAAAUGUUAAUCAUAGCACAAUUCCUCUGACCAAUAAAAGCUUUUUAUUUUUAAAACCA